AACGCAAUGCAAGUGCAACAGCGAAGUACUUAUACCGCGCACCUAGUCAGUCGGCGAAAAAUCAAAAAGUCCUCCAUUUUUGUUUGUGCGAUAUUUUGCUAGUGCUUAAAAUUUAGAAUUAGAGUGUGAAUAAAAUUCAACACUGUGGCUAAGGUGACACCGUUCCCGAGUAUGACUUAUUCCGGAAGGAAUAAAUUUGAGAUUGCUCGAUUUUCGAGCGACGACGAAAACCACAUAAACAAGAAGCUGCCCAAGGAAUUACUGCUGAGGAUCCUAUCUUACUUGGACGUCGUUUCGCUAUGCAGAUGCGCUCAGGUGUCAAAACUAUGGAACAUCCUCGCGCUGGACGGCUCCAACUGGCAGCGGAUAGACCUGUUCGACUUUCAGAGGGACGUCGAGGGUCCGGUGAUAGAGAACAUCUCUCACCGCUGCGGCGGGUUCCUGCGCCAGCUGUCGCUGCGCGGCUGCGAGAGCAUCGCCGACGGCUCCAUCAAGACUCUAGCGCAGUCGUGCCCGAACAUCGAAGACCUGAACCUGAACAAGUGCAAGAAACUGACGGACGUGUCAUGCCAGGCGCUCGGCCGGAAGUGCAGCAAGCUACAAAAAAUAAACCUCGACUCCUGCCCGAGUAUCACGGACAUAUCUCUGAAGGCGCUGUCGGACGGAUGUCCGCUCUUAACACACGUGAACGUGUCAUGGUGUCAGUCGAUCACCGAGAAUGGAGUGGAGGCGCUCGCGAGGGGCUGUCCCAAGUUGAAGAGUUUUAUAUGCAGAGGAUGUAAAAACGUGAACGACAAGGCGGUGUCCUGCCUGGCGACGUACUGCCCGGACCUGGAGGUGCUCAACGUGCAGGGCUGUGACAGCCUGUCGGACGAGUCGCUGUGCCGGCUGGGCGGCGCGCUGCGGCGGCUGUGCGCGUCGGGCUGCGCGCGGCUCACGGACGGCGCGCUGGCGGCGCUGGCGGCGCGCUGCCCCGAGCUGGCCACGCUGGAGCUGGCGCAGUGCGCGCAGCUCACGGACGCCGGCUUCCAGGCGCUCGCGCGGAGCUGUCGGAUGCUGGAGCGGAUGGACCUGGAGGAGUGCGUGCUGAUCACGGACGCGACGCUCGUGCACCUCGCGAUGGGCUGUCCGCGGCUGGAGAAACUGACGCUGUCGCACUGCGAGCUGAUCACGGACUACGGCAUCAAGCAGCUGUCGCUGUCGCCCUGCGCCGCCGAGCAUCUCUCCGUCCUCGGUCUCGACAACUGUCCGCUGGUGACGGACGGCGCGCUCGAGCACCUGAUCUCGUGCCACAACCUGCAGCUCAUCGAGCUGUACGACUGCCAGAUGGUCACCAGGAACGCCAUCCGGAAACUCAGAAGCCACCUGCCGCGCGUGCGCGUGCACGCGUACUUCGCGCCCGCCACGCCGCCCGCCGCCGCCCGGCCGCGCCCGCGCUACUGCCGCUGCUGCAACAUCCUGUGAGCGGCGCCUGCGGGCUGCCUGUGGAGCGGGACGACAUUUUGGAAGAAAGCGCCGGCCUGCUGGAGGGCUGUCGCCGGGUGCGUCAUUCUGUGUAACCGUAAGGAGUUCUAUGCGUAGUCGGAAUAUAUAUAAUAUACGUAUAUUUACGGACCGGUCGCUAUAGUAUGACACAUUUUUUCGUCUAAAAUCUCAGUUGUGAAUUUGAAUUUUCGUGUCGUCCGGACCGUCGGUCCGUUUCGUGUGCGGUGACGUCGGCCGCCGGGGCCGCCGGGGCCGCCGGGGCCGCCGGGGCCGACGCGAGUCCCGACGAGUUGCGAUGCUUUAAUAUAGAUACUAGUGAGGUCUAGGGUUCUUAGACAAUAGACCGGCUAUUGGCAGCACUUCGAUAUCAUAUAUCCCUCUAGUAGACGAUUGUUAUCAGUGCGGUGUGUCCCAGCGGUGGCUGGGCGACGUCCCGCAACCGAUCCUUCUGGAAGAUGUCUAUCUCUGUUCGUUUCUCCGGGCAUCCUCCUCGCCCACUACCGUUCCAUGUCAGCUUGCAGUCUUUCGGUUUCCCGAAAGACAUGGAUGAUUCCAGUCUUUUGGCAAUUUUUAGGUUAGGUUUUUAGGUUGGCAAUUUUUCGGGUGUUUUCAACUCUAAAAAUCGCUGCUCUAAUUAAAAUGCCUCAGCGCGGUAAGUUCAAGUUCAUAUUUUCUGGACGAAUCAAAUUCGUAUCUGUAGUUAUCGUAAGGAAUAAUAAAAUUAAAGCGUAUAACUAUUAACACGUGACGGAAGUAUUUGCUUAUAAAACGAACUGGUAUUCUUUAUUCAAAAAUCAACGAAUACCAACUCUACGGGUUUUUUUUUUAAUCUAUGCAAUUUAUCGAUUAAUAUACUAUAUUUGUAUAUGCAUAUUAUUAAUGAGACUUAUAUUUAAUAACGGGCAAGGUUAAAAAUAUCUGCGGAUCUUAUUACCUUCCAUAGGAAGGAUGUCCUUUCUGAACUUAGAGGUGUAAACAUUUCGUUGGAAACGAACAUAUUAUUAUGGCAAUGGUAAUGGAUCACUUAAUGAGGUUAUAAUAGUGUUUGUUUAUCAAACAUGACAUUGGUCGAUUAUAUCGCUAGUGUUGUGUCGUUCUAAUAGUACUUAAAAAAGCCGAGAUGGCCCAGUGGUAAGAACGCGUGAAUCUUAACCGAUGAACGUGGGUUCAAACCCGGGCAAGCACCACUGAAUUUUCAUGUGCUUAAUUUGUUAUUAUAAUUCAUCUCGUGCUUGACGGUGAAGGAAAACAUCGUGAGGAAACAUGCAUGUGUCGAAUUUCACUGCCACAUGUGUAUUCCACCAAUCCGCAUUGGAGCAGCGUGGUGGAAUAAGAUCCGAACCUUAUCAAAAAAGGGAGAGGAGGCCUUAGCCCAGCAGUGGGACAUUCACAGGCUGUUACUGUAUAUUCAAGUGCUGUCAAUAUGUCAACGUAAACAAAAUAUACAAUGUGAGUUAUUUGAUAAUUCCUUGGGACGUAAUCGUUUAGACAUUAUGUUAGAACGCGUCUCGUUCUGUAAACAAUGUUUUAAUUAUUUUAUAUUAAAUAUUAUUUUUCAAAUCGAUGGUCGAUACUUAGAUUAGCGUGUUCAACUCAACUCAGCUUCAGGGACAUCUUAGUUUCCAAGGUCAGGGGCGCACGGUCAAUGUGAGGGAUGCUUAUCUUUUCUAACGGUUAUUUAUGGGGCAGUAUUCGCAGCAUAACAUCAGGUUGCCAGAAAGCGGACAUAUUUUUUCAAAUAAACAAAGUCAUCAUGGCUAUGUCAAGUCAAGGCAAGGCAAGGCAAGUCAGCACUGCACCGAUUAUGAUGAAUUUUGACAGAGAAUUAGUCUGAGACAUACGUAAAGACUGUUAAGGAUAAAGUCGCGUGGAACAGCCGGUUUAUGAAAUAAACAUAGUUAUCAGAAAUAAAGGAAAGAAAGAUUGUUUACAGAAUGAAACGAUGGCAUUGGUUCGAGGUCUAAGUAGAAUUAUUAGAAAUAAGAUUGUUCUUAUAAUCUUAGCAUUUUUUUAACAAUAGUUGUAUGUUAUUUACUAACUUAACUGUUAUUUUAACUAAUUAUGUUUUAUAAAUAAUUUAAAUUUACACUUCACUUUAAACAUUUGUCAAAUGGUCAUUAUUUAUUUAAUGGUCGGUUUUAUUUAAAAAGUGCAUAAGUGCUAUGCUGAUAGUGACAUAUAUUUAUGUAAAAAGCAAAAUAUAUAUUAGAUAAUAUACAUAUAUGUCUUAUACAUUAUAUAACAUAAUACAAAAAUAUAUUCAAAUUUUUUUACUUAAUAUAUACAUGUUUCUCAAUCGUGAUAAUAUAAUUUAAUGCCAUGAUUUAUAUGGUGGCAAAUUAACAUGGAGUGUGUGGUAGCACGGUCGAUGGUCGUGCCACUUCUUCAUUCUUAUACAUAUGUGAUAGAAAAAAGAAAAUAAUUUACCUGUCUGCUCAAAAGUGGUAACAGGGCUCACCCGUAGGAUUUUAAAAUGUAAAUUGUUUGUUUGUUCACAUAAUGUGUUUUAAAAUAUAUGAUUUGACUGAAAAACUAAUAUGUAAUUUUUAUCUUACUGUGAUAUAAUAGGAACAAGGGAUAUUAUUAAUUGGCAGUGCCUUGCAGGUUAAGGACUGGAUUGUACUUCUUGCACUGCCUCUUGCACUUACAAUAAAGCUGUCCAUUUGCUUAUCUCCUAAAAGUAAAUAAUUGAUGGCCUCUUCCCCAAAAUUGCGUACAAUCCAACAGAUCUUUACACUAUGCACUAUAGAAGCGUAGUGGAGGAGCUCUAGACCUUCUCCUUCUCUAAAUGGAGGGGAGGACGGAGCCCAGCUGUGGGUCAUUUGGUACCAAUCACAAUCUCCACCUUAACUUGUCGCCGUAUAUUUGUAAAACAAUAGAGUGUACUUUAAUUUAUUAAUAAAAUAUUUAUAAUUUGCAAUUGGACAAUAAGUGGCCGGGAAGUGUUUGCGAGGGCGUUGUCUUCUAAGAGCUUGUUGAUUUAAAAUGUUUUUUACACUUAAGUACUUUAUUUGUACUUGAAAAAAAAAAAUGUGGUACAUUAUAAAUAGAUAUAUACAAUACCAAAAAAAAUAUAUUGUUGUAUGUGUUGUCCUAAAACUAAGUAUUAAUUUUAAUUGGCAGCUAGUUGCUAACACUGGGAUAUUUUUUUACAAUAAUGUAUUUAAUUAUGUAUUAUAAUUUUACAUAAUGUUUACAAGACUUGCAUCAAAUAAAGAAUGCAUAUUUUUA